AUGUGGCCCGUCGAAAGUCAGCAUAUGGUUCGCAUGAGGGCGAACUGUCUCAUCACCCAGUUCCCACCUCUUACGCCCUGUCAGUAUACGAAAAAUGCAGGGUCUAACGGAAGUAAGAGCAGUGUAACCCUUUUGCUCUCAGCUCUCAGUGUGGCGAUACUUUUUGCGGCGCGUGGUCAACGAUGGCCAGUGACGGCACACGCCAAUUUCCCUCCCAUCCAGACGUUAAGCAACAUAUACGACACCAAAAAGGUACACUCGUGUUUUACAAAUGUAAUACCAGAAACAGCGAAAUCUAUAGUUCCCGAGUUAACCGCUUGA